AUGCCACAGGAUUAUCUGAAUACAGAUGUUGAUUCACGUUAUCUAGGUUUACUCUAUUAUCUUCUUCGUUCGCGUUCAUUGAGACAACCACCAUUACCAAAGAAACCAGAAGCAUCUGCUUGUGCACCACAAGAUGUCUAUGUUAAUUAUGUUUAUGAACAUGAUAUACACAAUCAAGUAUUUAAUUCCUCGUUUCAAGAUCCUAAUUCUGUUGUUAUUCAAAGCCUUCAAUCAGAUAUUGCUCGUCACACAGCUGAAGAACUUUACAAACGAAAUUUAGUUUUUUAUGUUACAGAUGAAUCACAUUUAAUAAGAGUGAUGGAUGUUAGCAGCCAAUAUAAUGAUCGUGCUGCACUUCGUUUUUAUGUUUCAAUCAAUGUGAGUAAAAAUCUGAUUCCAAUUAUUCGUCAUGUUUUAGAAACGGUCUUUGCAAAAUUACAAAACGAACGUUUUGCAACAUCAAAUAAAAAAGUUGACUGGGGUGAGAUGGUACUUAUUCCAAUAACAAAAUAA